UUCGAGAAUCAAAAAAAAACUUUUGGUACCGUUUUUCUUUCUUUUAAUUUUAAAGCUUUUCUUUGUCAAUCCUCAGAUGUAAUUAAGUAUUCGUUAAAGGGGAGAAUUGAAAGAGAAGAAAAUGCUUGGUGGGCUGUAUGGGGACCUACCUCCUCCUUCGUCGGCACCCUCGGCCGAUGAGGAGAAAAGCAGCAACUCCGCUGUGUGGUCAAGCAGCACCAAAAUGGCACCGCCAACACUGCGCAAGCCGUCAUCUCUAUUCACUCCGCCUCAUACUGUCCUGAAAAACCAGCAGUCACAGAACAAACCCAAAACCAUAAAUUCAUCUCAGACAAGAACCGUCUAUUCAUCAACCAAUUCGUUGGCUUCGUCUGCUGAUGGGGUGAAAAGCCCGUCGUUUCAACCCGCCCUUGUUGGAGUCACAUCCACAGUCAUUGAAGAGUACGACCCUGCAAGGCCUAAUGAUUAUGAGGAGUACAAAAGGGAGAAGAAGAGGCGUGCCAUGGAGGCUGAGAUGAAGAGGGAGCUCGAAAGAAGGCGGAAGGAAGAGGAAGAGAGAGAAAGGGAGCGAGAACAGAGAGAACGAGAGGCAUCAGAAAGAGAAAGGGAGACGGAUUACAAUGACUCAAGAGCUUCAUCGUUGAAUAUUUCUGGAGAAGAAGCAUGGAAACGGCGGGCAGCAUUGAGUGGGAAUUUGGGAGGCUCUGCACCAAGGUCACCUUCUCCACCACCAAAUGUAGAUGGUUUUAGCAUUGGGAAGUCAGGAGCAGGGUUAGGCGUUGGUGCUGGUGGGCAGAUGACUGCAGCACAAAGAAUGAUGGCUAAGAUGGGUUGGAAGGAAGGCCAGGGGCUUGGGAAGCAGGAACAGGGUAUUACUACUCCUUUGAUGGCCAAAAAGACAGAUAGACGGGCUGGGGUGAUAGUGAAUGCAAGUGAAUCCAAAGCAGAGAAGAAGGUGAAGAGUGUGAACUUCAAUGGCAUACCAACUCGUGUUCUGCUGCUCCGAAACAUGGUGGGACCUGGAGAGGUAGAUGAUGAACUAGAAGACGAGGUAGCAUCAGAAUGUGCCAAGUAUGGAACAGUAUCCAAGUGCCUCAUAUUUGAGAUCACAGAGCCCAAUUUCCCAGUAGAUGAGGCAGUCAGGAUGUUUGUACAAUUCGAGAGACCAGAGGAGACGACGAAAGCACUUGUUGAUCUUGAUGGCCGGUUCUUCGGAGGGAGGGUGGUUCAUGCCUCAUUUUACGAUGAGGAGAGGUUUGGAAGAAACGAGCUAGCUCCAAUGCCAGGGGAGAUCUCUGGUUAUCCUUGACUGAUGGGUGUAGGACAA